GGCACGCAUCCGUUCCUUCCUUUAUUUCAUUUCAUUUCGUUUCUCGUUUCCGUCGUAUACGUAGUACGUACCGGACCCUAUACGCGACAUGGACAGGCGCAAUCCGCGUCGUCAGGAUACGUUUGACCUCCGCGACCAGAUCGUCACGGACGACCACCACCAACACCCCCAACCGCAUCAACAGCAGCAGAUGGCGUCCUCAGGUACAGGGGACAACUACCCCUCCGACGAGGAACACUCCGUGCUCGAAGACGACUCCGAAGAAGGCGAGCACGAAGAGUACCUCGACGAUGACGACCGUUCCUCCUCGCUCUCCAUCCCCAACGAGUCCAUCGACUUUGACUUGGUCUAUUCGUUGCAUAGCUUUGCGGCGACGGUCGAGGGCCAGGCGAGUGUGGUCAAGGGAGACAGUUUGGUGCUGAUGGAUGAUUCGAAUAGUUACUGGUGGUUGGUGAGAGUGUUGAAGACGCAGGAGAUUGGGUAUAUACCGGCGGAGAAUAUCGAGACGCCGUUUGAGAGGUUGGCGAGGUUGAAUAAGCAUCGGAAUGUUGAUCUCGCCUCCGCAACCCAAGCAGAGAUGCAAAACGGCCUACAAGAAUCCCGCGACCAUUUCCGAAACAACAUGUCCUCCCGCCAAGGCUCGAACCGUCAAUCGCCCUCUCCUAUCCCUCCCUCUGGCCCCCACGCUCGCUUCGCCCCAGGACAAUCUCACUCCAACUCACAAGGCCAACUCCAAUCCCAUUCGCCAGCAGGCAAACCCCGCCGCUCAGUCAUCUUCACCCCCUCCCUCUCUGUACACCGCUACCCCCCCGCUGUCUGGGGCUCCGCCGAGGACAUGCUCGCGUCUGACGGCGAAGGCGAGGGCGAAGAGUGGGAGUGGGACGACGAGGCGUAUGAGGACGAGGAUCCGAGUUUGGUCGAGGAUUAUGGGUAUGGGUAUGGUAGAACGGGGGCGGGGACGGGGUUGGGGGAGGGAGUGGUGGGGAAGGAGAUGGGGGAGGAGAUGUUGAUGAGCGGGGGAAUGGGUGGAAUGGGUGGAAUGGGAGGGGGGAUGGGGCCAAAUGCGAUGGAGCCGGACGAUGGGAUGAGUUGGGAGGAUGGAGCGGCGGAGGAGCAGAGGGCUUUAGAGGAGCAGAGGCGGGAACGAGAAAGAGAGGCGGAGGUGGGGAGGAUGAGGGCGGUGCAGCGGCAACAGGCGGAAGAGGCUCAGCUUCGUCAACAACAACAACAGCAGCAGCAGCAGCAGAUGCUAGCCCAGCAGGAACAGCAGCAACAACAACACCAGAGGGAACAAGACGAAAAAGCGCGUCUCGCAGCCGUCAACGCAGCCGUUGCCGCCGCUGCAGGCCAGUCGGGCUCGGGAGGGUCCUUCUCCCUACGCAAAUCCCCCUCCCGCGAACGAGUGGAUUCGAACUCCCGCGACCGCGUCGACUCCACUUCCGCGUCCGCCUCUUCGCACUCGAUAUCGCCGAACGGAAGACCACCGCUCGAUCCGGCAGAGGUUACGGACACGCGGAAGGUCAGCGUGACGCCGAAUAUCGCUCGGGAGGAUGCGAUUGUGACUGAGCCGAGGAACGUGAGCCCCAAAUCGAAUGGUGCCAACGCCAAUGCCAACGCCAAUGGGGGUGCAAAUGGGGGACCGAUGCUGCCGAGUGUGGUUAUGCAGAAGCAGGAGGAGGACAGGAAGAGGACGAGGGAGGAGAUCGAGGCGUUGGAGGUCGAGGCGCGUAAGAGGGCCAAGGCGAACGUCGGGCAGGGACCCGUGUCGUCUGCGUCACUCGCGAAAUCCCAGGCUCAAUCCCAGGCCGCCAGUGCUGGAGGGAAACUGAGAAAGUCGGCGCCGGAAUCGGGAGACGAGGACGGAUCGAAGAAGGAGGAUAAGAAGGGCCGUGGGGGUUUGUUCGGUGGAUUGUUUGGGCGGAAGAAGGACAAGGACAAGAAUAAGGAGAAGUCGGUGUCGUCCUCCAGCGCGGAGACGGGCUUGAUGGAUAUUGGGCGUAGCUCAGAGGAGUCGGGACGGUCGGGUAGUAUGCAGCACGGGCAGAAUUCGGAUAGCUCGCCGACGACGAACAUGGCGCGACAGCAGCAGCAGCAACAGAUGCAGAUGCAGAUACAGGCGAGGUCGUCGCCGGGGACGCCUCCUCAAGCAGGACAGGACCAGGCGGCACGGUCGAUGCAGCAGAGCCCGGUCAGCCAGCAUGCGGUCUCGCUCAGACAGCGGGAUCAACAGCAGCAGGCGCUAUACCAGCAGUACCUCAACCGCUCGCCAUCGUCCCCGCCCGAGGCCCAGCCCUCCUUCGGGCUCCAGUCCGCCCCCGUUGUCCAGAGCUCGAUGUCUUUCGGAAGCAUGAGCUCAUCCAACACCGGACUCACCGUCCCGUCCGAGGGCAGGCGUCCCCGGCCUGGCUCGCUCGUCCUCCAGAACGCGAUGGAGGGCCAGGGCGUCGGUGUCCCCGAGCUGAGCGUCAUCCGCGUGUUCGCGGGGAAGAAACUGCAGACGGAGGCGACGUUCAAGACCGUGCUUCUCAACAGCUCGACGACCUCCGCCGACCUCGUCCGGCAGGCGAUUCAGCGCUUCAGGCUGCCCGCGGGCGAGGACGCGAACGACUAUUAUCUGACGGUGAAGCAACUCGAGGGCUCGUCGGCCGUGCUGAAGGACGAGGAGCAGCCGCUGCAGGUGUUUGAGACGCUCGUCGAGGCCGCGCUCGAGCUACCGAAAGUGAAGAGGAGCAGUGUGGGGAGUAUUAGCUCGAUCGCGAGUAAUUUGUCGAUGCAUCCGGCGAUCAAGAAGUUGCCCAUGAACGAUUUCACGGACGAUUCGGCGGUCAAGUUUUAUCUGAACAGGAGGGGGGCGGACGAUAGUAUGGGCACGGAGGACGGCGAGGACACGCUCAUGGCGCAGACACUCGACGGCGACAACGAGGACGGUUUGUCGCCGAAGGGACAGUAUCUCAAUUUACCUGGAAAUGGGAACGUGAGUGGCGUCCCGCCCGAGAGGUUCAUGUCGCCUUCGUCGAGGUUCGCGCUGAAGCUGGUCAUAUACCCCGAAGACCUCCCGGACGAUAUGGUCUUCGACCCGCUUACGGAGGCCAUCGUGUUCAAGAAUACGCUGCGCGAGCGGGGAGGGAGCGCGGGCGCUUCGUCUUCGAGCGGGAUUAAUCAGGCGUAUAGAAGGAAGGUGUUCGUGUUCCCGAAGAAUAUCACGGUCGCGGAGGUCAUUGAGAUUGGGCUGGAUAGGUUUGGGAUCGUGGAGGGUGUGGUGGAUGGGGGGGAUGAGGUUGAGGAUAAGCUGUCGAAGAGGAGGAGUUCGCAGAGGGUGAGGUAUGCGUUGAAUAUCAAUGUCGAUGGCAGAGAAGAAGACAGAGAGCUUUCGCCUUCGAGCCGCGUCAUUGAUGCGUACCCUCGAGCUCCGACUUAUCGUGCAGUGGACAAGCGCUUCAGCGACACUAAACGGCGUUCGAUCGACUCUGCUCAACUCCUGGGCUCCCCUGAAGAUGUUCCAGCGGACGACCCGACGUUUAUCCUCCGCCGUGCGACGACCUAUCGUGCCUCAUCUUCAAGACACAGGCUUAGCGCUCCUCUCGACGAGAUCGCGCUGCAGAAGAUGCACAUGCAGCGCGACUCGACGUCUUCGAGUAUCGCUUCGGACGCGACGGCGGAGGAACCGAAGCAGCAGCGGCAUUUGUCCAAGCAGGAGCUCAUCGCUGCUCAGCGCGCUGCCACGCGGGCGAAUCAACGAGCGAUACUGUCCGCACAGACGAAUUCGCUGCGUGGAGUAGACGUUCUGCUCCCAGGGAACGCUGGUCUCAUCCGUAGUUCGCGCUAUGAGACCGAAGACAGGAUGCGAUACUCGUACGUCGAACCGGACGGUGAGACGUUCGAUAUCAGCCAGAUCGUCGAGGAGGAGUGGCAGAACAUGGGAGGACAGGAGAAAGAGCCCGCGGGCCGGAGCGAUCUCCUCGAGGGCGUUUUGUCGCGCAAUAAGGAGGGUUUCAGCGAGAACCUCGAUAGGUUCUUGAGCAAGAUCAAGGGCGCGAGGGAGGCUGGCGUUCCUCCUCCUGGUUCGGCCGCGUCUACGGACAGCGCAUACACUAAUUCCGACGACGACGAACAAGCUCCAGGCCAGACGACGCCUCGUUCGACUACACCGACUGGUCCUGGUUCGAUGUCACACGAGUCGAGCAUGAUGUCGGAUACGCCGCGAGUCACGUCUCCGAUCUCCGACUCUGGCUUGUCGAGGAAUACGACGCCUACGAACCAUGAUCCCAGGCGUGCGAGGUCCGCCACGCCCAAUUCAACAACGUCCACCGUACGCGGUGGAAUGCCGCAUGGUCGCGCGCCCUCUUUCACCUCCGUCGUCUCCGACAUGUCGGGCUACCGCACCGCUAUCGGCUCUCCCAUGCCUUCCUCCCAGCCCUUACCCACCCGGUCGACCUCGACUCCGAAGCCGCACAGACCGCGUCCAGUGAUCCCGAAGGACGACUUUGGGGUGUCGAAUAUGAUGGCGAUCAUUGAGUAUGCGGGCACGAGGGGACGGGCGGAGCCGUUGCCGGCUAUGGACCCGGUGGAUGAGCUGUUGUUUGGGAGGGAGUUUGAUUUGGGGACGUUGCAUCCGGACGUGAGGGAGAUCUAUGGGGAGACAUUCAGAGGGUUGGAGGAGAUGGAUAAGGCUUUGGACGAUCUUUUGACUGACGCGAUUCGGGCGUGAAUGAACGCUCCUUUUUUGCAUUUUUCCCCUUUCUCUUUUCGGUUUUCGCUUUCUGCUUUUUUGUUUGAACCAGAUACCAACUUGCUUGCUCUGUAACUUAUUCGUCUGCAUUUAUUGUCUUCUUCAUCACGGAUUUCUCCACAGUUCAUGAAUGGAAUUCUCCGAUUCACCCUGC